UAUAUAUGUAUAUGUAUAUAUAUAUAUAUAUGCCUCUCAAGUGAAUUGCGAGCUCCUGGGCUGACCUGACAACUUUCUGAAGCAGGAAAAGAAGAGGAAGGAAGAAGGAAAGCCAACAUCUUGAGGACAAAAAAGAUUAUUAUUAUUUUUAUAUGAUUAUUUUCUCUUAUGUUUCCCACCACCACAAUCAGCACCACUUUGGAAACCAGUUGGAGAAGAGAAGAUCGCCUGGACUUCUAAUUUUUUUUGUGUGUGUGUGUGUGUGGGGGGUGGAGGAGGAGAGAGGGUUUUAUUUAAUUUUUUUUUGGACAGGAGAAGAGAAAAACAACUCCCAACACAACCCAUUUCCACCUGAAGGCACAGACAGACUGACUGACUGACUCUCGAGAGGAGGGGACAGAAAGAGAGCAGAAGGAAGAGAGCGAUUGGACUUCAGCAACAGAACAAAAUCACAGCGAUCGACUUACUUGUUGGUUGGAGGUGGAACAGCUUUUUGCUAAACAGAAGAAGGAAAGGAGAGAGAGAGAGAGAGAGAGAAGAGGAGAGAGGAGAAGGAGAGGAUCUUAAAAAGGAUUGAGAGAGAUUUUGCCCCACUGCAGACCUGGUUGGUUGCAGACAAGAGAACCAGGCAAUACACAAGCUUUAUGCUGCUCUUAAAAUAUAUGCCGGAAAGCUUGAAAAAGUCUAAAAAAUCCGUCGGCAGCAGCAAAGGCAACAGCAGCGGCAAAGGCAGAGGCAAACUGUGCUAUGAGAUCGUAACGCUGUCUGUGAAUAAGAAAAUGGCUGCAGAACUGCACCCGAGCCAAGCCCCCAGCUCCCAGCACAGCCAGCACCACACCAGCAGCCACAGCAAGAGGGGUGCCCACACCCCCAGCAGCACCCAGCACAACAUCAACAACAACCACAUCCACACCGCCAGCACCUGGCAGUGCGUCUACCCCAGCCUCAGGGAAAGGAACGCUGUGAUGUUUAAUAACGAACUGAUGGCUGACGUACAUUUUAUGGUGGGAGCACCAGGCGGGACCCAGCGAGUGCCAGCUCACAAGUAUAUCCUCGCGGUGGGAAGCUCAGUGUUCUAUGCCAUGUUUUACGGAGAGCUGGCGGAGGAUAAAUCCGAUAUUCAUAUCCCAGAUGUGGAACCUGCGGCUUUCCUCAUACUGCUGAAGUAUUUAUACAGCGAUGAGAUUGAUCUGGAGGCGGACACUGUGCUGGCCACACUAUACGCUGCUAAAAAGUACAUUGUUCCUUAUCUGGCCAAGGCGUGUGUGAAUUUCCUGGAGACCAGCCUGGAGGCUAAGAACGCAUGUGUCCUGCUAUCCCAGAGCCGGCUGUUUGAGGAGCCCGAGCUGACACAGCGGUGCUGGGAGGUGAUCGACGCUCAGGCGGAGCUGGCUCUCAGAUCGGAGGGCUUCUGCGAGAUCGACCAGCAAACGCUGGAGAUCAUCCUGUCCCGCGAGACCCUCAACACCAAGGAGGUGGUGGUCUUCGAGGCCAUCCUGAACUGGGCGGAGGCCGAGUGCAAGAGGCAGGGGCUGCCGCCCACGGCUAGGAACAAGCGUGGGGUGCUGGGCAAGGCUCUGUACAUCGUUCGGGUGCCCACCAUGACGCUAGAGGAGUUUGCCAACGGGGCAGCCCAGUGCGACCUCCUGACGCUGGAGGAGACGCAUGACGUCUUCCUGUGGUACACCGCUGCCAACAAGCCUCAGCUGGAGUUCCCCACGGCGCAGAGGAAAGGCCUGGCUCCCCAACGCUGCCACCGCUUCCAGUCCUCCGCCUACCGCAGCAACCAGUGGCGUUACCGGGGCCGCUGUGAUAGCAUCCAGUUUGCGGUGGACAAGCGCAUCUUCAUCGCGGGAUUGGGUCUGUACGGCUCGAGCUGCGGCAAGGCCGAGUACAGCGUGAAGAUCGAGCUGAAACGUCAGGGCCUGGUGCUGGCUCAGAACCUCACCAAGUUCGUGUCGGACGGCUCGAGCACCACCUUCUCGGUGUGGUUCGAGCACCCGGUACAGGUGGAGCAGGACACCUUCUACACCGCCAGCGCCGUGCUGGACGGCAAUGAGCUCAGCUACUUCGGGCAGGAGGGCAUGACCGAGGUGCAGUGCGGGAAAGUCACCUUCCAGUUCCAAUGCUCGUCAGAUAGCACCAACGGCACCGGAGUGCAGGGGGGGCAGAUCCCUGAACUCAUUUUCUACGCAUGAAAAACAGACGACGCUUAGAACAACACCCCCCCCGCCCCUCCCCAAACCAUACUUUGCAUUCAACUGCUGCUAACAGAAGAGGGGCUGGUCAUCACCCACACCUCCCCCUCUCCACACCCCAACUCCAGGCUUGUUGCCUCCGACUGAUGGUAAACUAACCCCUUUCUCUCCCCCCCCAGCCCAGCCCCCCCCCCCUCCCCCCACAUCCUGCGACUACACUCCGCUUCCUGCUGCCAACACGGAGCCUGACGAUCUGCAACUCAUAUUUCGUUGAACGAAUGUUUUUUUUUCUGACUGUAAAUUAAUUUUAUUUAUUUGAAGGGUAAAUGGGCUGAGAAUGGUGUAUCUGCUGUGAAGGAGUGACCAGUGGGGGUGGGGAUGGGGUCUGGCCCGUGUAUACACACAGGUGACGGUUAAAUACUGUGGCUUGAAGCUGACCGAUGAAAUGGAAUGUCUGACACACAUCCGUGUACUUGCAAUCGAUAAAUGUGUACAGUAUAAAGGUUUUGUACAAGA